AUGGAGAUAUAUCUGGUACGAGUGCGUGAACGGCCCGAGGGCUCUCUUUAUAUCGAUCGCAAACCCCAUGCGACUACUGACGAUGACUAUAUCGCGAUAUCCCAUGUGUGGGGAUCCCCAGAUACAGUCCAAAAAGCAAGGAUAGACGGCGUCUCAUGGGAGGUGCCGCUGAGUCCGGGAAAACAAGAUAUCCUAUCGCUACUUCGCCGAGAUGAUAUCUGCGGCGACGGCUGGUUCUGGAUGGAUCUUUUUUGUAUUGAUCAGACGGAGUCGGCCUUCAUCAGCAUCUCUGAUCAGAUCAUGGCUAUACCUUCCGUAUACAAGUCCAGCCGGUGUGUCAAGGUACUUCUGGAGAGCCCUGUGUGCAAAGAGUGGCAUGAGGCUGCCAUGCAAUUCUUUGAAAAUGGACCCAUCAACCAAGAUGGCUUCCAGGAGGAGGAGCUUAUACAUGGAAGAUCAUGCACGCACCACGCUUUCGCGGAUCCUUGGUUUGAGAGGCUGUGGACGCGACAGGAAGGAUUAUACGCAAGUGUCUUGCAUUUCAUCGUCCUCAGACCGGUUCAGUGUGAACGCCGUCCUAAGGAUGCAAUGGAUGCUUGGGUGGUGCACGGGACCCUGCUGGCACAUCGCUUCCGGGUAAAUACCUUCCUGGUGGAUAAAUUGGCCUACCAUGGCCUCACGUCGGCGGCCGAGGACACUGUGUUCUCACUCUAUUUCGACGUUAUAUACCGGCAUCGCGUCAACAUAACGCUGGCCUAUGACUGUGAGCCAGGGCCCGCUCGCAGCUACAACCCGAUCAGGGAUGCAUGGAGGAGUCAACGGAGUACAACCAAGCCUCGGGAUUAUGUCCUCGCGGUAUUCCCGGACAUUGAAGGAUACAGGGUCCCAGCCAAACCACGGGAGAUGAGCUUCCCACAACUCCUGCACGACGCUAUCAAUCAGCCCGCAGUCUCUGCAAAGCUACAGUUUGUGUCAAAAAUCUCACAAGGAGUAGCCGGGCCAUCCCGAAAGGCUAAGAAGAGUUUAUUGCCCUGGCUGGUCGUUAAUCCCGGCAACAUCGGCGAGGCAUACGACACAUUCACUGCAGAUGCCGUCGACGCUAGUGGUACGGGCUCUGGAAUAGCGGAGGCUCGAAUGUGGUCUCUCCCUGGAGGUAUCCAGCUACAGGAUGUUGAUGCCACUGCUUCUGGGCUGGAAGCCCUCAUCAAGGAUAACUGGGGACGUACCGCCGAUAUCAAUCGGCAUGUGGCGCUUCUCUCUCCUGCCGGGCCCUGCACCGGGGUAACACGACGGGCUCCUCCUGCUGCAGCUUUCACGCAAGAAUUUAUGCACCUCGCCGUGUCCCAAUGGAUGCCGGAGCAGCAGAUGAGCAUGCUGGAGCCUCGCACCAAGGGAGUCCUCCCAGCUGUAGACAGCGCGAUGACAGACAGGGUAGGCGAGGACGUCUUUGCGAAUGAGCUCCGGCGUUUCCUCGUCUGCCUGAUCUGCGGUGUAUCGCUGCCCACUGCAGACAGAGUGCUCGAGUUAGCGGAUGUCGUGCGCGUGAUGACGCCCCACGGGCCUUUGUUAGGUGUCGUCCACCGGGCGACGAAACUCGAGGCCGGCCAGGACCAGUUAAGGCUUCUUUGCAGCGCGAGUUCGUAUAUGCAGGGGUUUUAUAUUGGUCUGCUAAUCGAAGGCGGGGUCUCAGUCAGAGGUCGGACUGUUAUUGCAAACAAGGGUGUUUGGGACUCUAUUGAAAGUUUCCUGUCACUCGGUAGAUGA